AUGUCUUGGAAUGUUAGAGGCUUGGGUAGGCUGGAAAAACGACGUAGAGUGAAGCAGAUGAUUAAAGAAAAAAGAGUAGAUGUUUUGCUCCUUCAAGAAACCAAGAGCAGAAAUAUUGAUGUUACUUUUGUUCGAUCUAUUUGGCCUUGGGAGAAGCUGGAAUUUAUGGCUGCAGAUUCGGAUGGGAGUGCUGGAGGGCUUUUGAGUAUUUGGAAUCCUGAAGUUUUCUCCUUAUCAGAGUGUUGCAGUAACAGAAAUUUUUUGCUUCUAUCAGGUACUCUUUCUGGUUCAUUUGAGUGUGUCUUCUUAAAUAUUUAUGCGCCUAAUGAUGUGGUCCAAAGAGCUAAGUUGUGGAAUUCUAUCCUCAAUAUAAGAUCCUCUUUUCUAAAGCCUUGGUGCAUGGGUGGUGAUUAUAAUGAGAUUAGAGUUCCUAACGAAAGAAGAGGAUGUACUAGAAGUUCCAAAGGGAUGCAUGAUUUUAACAAUUUUGUAGAUCAUCUGGAAAUGUUGGAUUUACCUAUGUUGGGUAGGAAUUUUACAUGGUGUAAUUCUUUGGAAGGUGAAAGGUGGAGUAGAAUUGAUAGGUUUCUGUUGGAUCCCACCUGGGUUCAAGGGUGGGCUAGGUACAGAGCUAAGGCGAAAUUGUGUAGUCUCAAAGCUGAGUUGAAAAGGUGGAAUUCUGAAGUGUUUGGUUGUGUGGAGGACCAACUCAAAAAGGCUGAAGUUGAGUUGCAUGAGCUUGAUCUGUUGGCGGAAAUGAGGUCAUUAGAACCUCAUGAAGUUGUAAGAAGAAGGGAGGUCAAAAACUUGGUGUGGUCAUAUAGAAAGAAAUUGGAUUGGAUAUGGUUCCAAAAGUCUUGA